UUGAAGCCAACAACAUUGUGUCCAUUGUCUUCGAUCCCUCUGUCGAUCUCUGCUGUUCCAGCCUAGAGGCAGAGCAGCAGCAGCCGUUGUCAGAUAUGGGAAGUUUCAGUCACCAGAAACAUUCCAUUUCCGUAUACCUCGUCCUCGUGUCCGCCGUCCUGCUGCUGAACUCAACCCUGGGUUUGUGUGGCUGCUACAAGCGCAUCUUUAGCUUCGGCGACUCCAUCAUCGACAGCGGCAACUUCGUCCACAUCGCCGGCGACCAUCCGUGUCCGUUCAAGGAACCACCGUUUGGCAUGACCUACUUCAAGCACCCCAGCGGCCGCAUCUCUGAUGGCCGUGUCGUUAUUGAUUUCUACGCGCAAGCACUCCAGCUUCCGUUUGUACCACCGAGUUUGCCCGAGAAGGACAGGGGGCAGUUCCCGCACGGCGCCAACUUCGCCGUGUUGGCCUCCACGGCGCUGCCGCCGGAGUACUUCAGAAGGCGGAACCACACCGUGCCGAUGCCCUUCUCCCUCGCCACGCAGCUGGAGUGGUUCAAGCAAACGCUGCAGCGGAUCGCUCCCGGGGACGCUGCUAGGAGAGCACUGCUCGGUGAGUCUCUUAUCUUGAUGGGUGAGAUCGGCGGCAACGACUACAACUUUUGGUUCUUAGAUCAUAAACCUCGCGAGGUUGCUUACCAGUUCAUCCCGGAUGUCGUCGCCAGCAUCAGCUCCACUGUCCAGGAGCUCAUCGGUCUGGGCGCGAGGACGAUCAUGAUCCCGGGGAACUUCCCGACCGGGUGCGUGCCGGCGUACCUGAGCGCCUACCGGAGCGGCAACCCGGCGGACUACGACGAGUUCCGUUGCCUCCGGUGGUUCAACGCCUUCUCCGCCGCGCACAACCAGGCGCUGCUCAACGAGGUCAGCCGGCUCAAGGCGCAGCACCCGGGCGUCAGGCUCAUCUACGCCGACUACUUCGGCGCCGCCCUGCAACUCUUCCGUAAUCCACGCAGAUUCGGUAUCAAUGAUCCUCUGCUCGCGUGCUGCGGCGGCCAUGGCCCGUACCACACCGGCGCGACGUGCGACAGGACGGCGACAGUCUGGGGUGAUCCGGGCAGUUUCGCCAACUGGGACGGUGUCCAUAUGACGGAGAAGGCGUACCAUGUCAUCGCCGACGGGGUGCUCAACGGGCCGUUCGCGGAUCCUCCGUUGCUGCAUAGUUGCUAGAAUUGUGCUAUGGCUGUUCCAGAAUCCAGCUGACUACUGUAGCUGAGAUCUCCGGAGAUCUUUUGCUGGUUUUAUUGAUGAAUUUGAAAUGGAGGAAAUUAUUUCAGUUUA